GAGAGUUGGCCAUAGUCAUUCAAGAAGUCUCAGCUUCCAAGGAGCAUUUCGCGAUCGUAUAGAAAUGCUGCUUUCGGCGCAGACCUUUGUGGGACAAGUGUUGGUUAUCCUUGUCUUUGUGCUAAGCAUUGGGUCUCUUGUAAUCUAUUUCAUCAACUCUACUGACCCUGUUGGAAGCUGUUCUUCAUAUGAGGACAAAACCAUCCCCUUUGAUCUGACUUUCAAUGCUUUCUUCAGUUUCUAUUUUGGGUUGAGAUUUUUGGCAGCCGAUGACAAGGUCAAGUUCUGGCUGGAGAUGAAUUCGAUCGUAGACAUAUUUACCAUCCCACCAACCUUCAUUUCUUAUUAUUUGAAGAGAAAUUGGCUGGGUUUAAGGUUCUUGAGAGCCUUGCGGCUGCUGGAACUCCCACAAAUCUUGCAAAUUCUGCGAGCCAUCAGGACCAGCAAUUCAGUGAAGUUUUCCAAACUGUUAUCAAUCGUUCUCAGUACGUGGUUCACUGCGGCAGGAUUCAUCCACCUGGUGGAGAAUUCUGGUGAUCCCUGGCUCAGAGGUAGAAAUUCACAGAAUAUAUCGUAUUUUGACUCCAUUUACCUGGUCAUGGCGACAAUGUCCACUGUUGGCUUUGGAGAUGUGGUAGCCAAGACAUCCCUGGGACGGACUUUCAUCAUAUUCUUCACUUUGGGGAGUUUGGUAAAGAAUAUUUUUAAUAUCUUUUGA